AUGAGUCGGGGCAGCUGGCCAACUGCAGGUCCAGAGCAAAGUCCUCCAGAUGGGAAAUGUAGUCCGAACACUGGGGGGAACUACAAUCUUUCGGCCACAGCUCCACCAACGCCUCCGAGUCCAAAGGAAGACGAUACCUGCCGGACAAAACACAGACGGCUGACAGCCCUGGUGGUGAAGACCCUGUCUGUGGUGGACCCGGUGGUCUCUGUGGACCAUCAGACUCUGUCAGACUCUGUGUCCUGGUUGAUCCGCAGCGCGCAGCAGCCGGACGGAUCCUUCAAAGACGAAUCCUCCGUCAGACCCAACAAAGUGAUGGCUGCAGGAACGGCUGCAGUCGACCAGUCAGUGUAUGUGACGUCCUUCGUGCUGAUGGCGUUACACAGAGCCACGAGCAUCAAAGACCCCAUCCUGCAGCUCCGGUUCCACGAUGACAGCAUGAGGUCUGCAGCAAACUACAUUUCCCAGCAUGCCCCGGGUGUGAAGAGUGUGUACGUGCGCGCGGUGGCGACCUACGCUCUGACCCUUCAUGACCCCAACAGCCUGGCGGCCUCCGAGCUACUCGACAGUCUGGAGAAACUGGCCCGAGACAAAGGUAACCCCGCUGUUCUCAGGUACUGGGAGGAGUCCAGCGUGAAAGCUGAUUGGCUGAAACCCGACCAGUCCAGCGCUCUGAUGGUGGAGACGACAGCCUACGUCCUGCUGACGGUGCUGCUCAAGGGCAGAAUACCGUACGCCAACCCCAUCCUGUCCUGGCUGACCCAGGAUCAGCACUACGGAGAGGGUUUCUACUCCAUACAGGACACAGUCUUGACUCUGGAGGCGGUGACAGAGUACAGCAGAGUCGUGCUUCGAGCCGUCCUCAAUCAGGACAUCAACGUCCGCUACGGCAGGAAGGGACCGCUGGGACGGGUCAACCUGAGCCAGAGCCGACCUGUGGCCACGCCCAUCCAGGUGAUGAAGGAUGAUGUCAUCAAGGUGUCCACAGGUUAUGGGAAGGGCGUGUCCAACGUGAAGCUGAAGACGGUUUACUACGAGACCAGCCCGCCGGCACAGAACUGUAACUUCGACCUCACUAUAGAGGUGGCGGGCCCUGACUCCUCCGUCAAUGCCGUCCUGAGCGCUCCUCACCUGGUUGCCUGUGCAAAGUAUAAACCUCCUCCCAACGAGGUGUUCACAGAGUCCAGUCUGACAGUGAUGAAGAUCCAGCUGCCUACAGGUGUGGAGGCAUUCCUGGAGGACCUGAGACAGUUCAGAGACAUCGAGGAUCCGAACAUCUCUCACUUUGAACUCCAAGGAAACACUGUGAUCAUUCAGAUGGACGCUGUUCCCUCGGACGUCUUCCUGUGCGUCGGGUUUCGGAUCCGGACCAUGUUCAGGGUGGGCGGGGCCAGCCAGUCGCUGUUUAGCGUCUAUGAGCCUCAAGACAAAGGCAGUCAAUGCACCAAGCAGUUCACCUACCAGCAGCAGGAGCUGCAGCGCCUCUGUGUGGACGAGCAGUGUCAGUGCAUGACAGCUGCGUGCGCUGCCUACAGAGGAAACAUCGAUGUGGCGCUGACCGCAGCCAAACGUACCAACGAGACCUGCAGGCCACAAAUCAAAUAUGCCUACAAAGUGACGGUGAAGUCUUCAGCAGCAGAAGGAGACUUUAUGACCUACACAGCCACCGUUGAGGAAGUCCUGAAGAACACAGAUAAAGAGUUUGAGGCAGUGAGUUCAGGUACGGAGGUGGAGCUGGUGAAAAAGGUGACCUGCAGCGCUGUGGAUCUCCAGAACAGCAAGCAGUACCUGGUGAUGGGAGCCAGCGGGUCAGAGGUCACGCUGAGCCAGGGCUUCAAGUCAGUGUCCUCUACCUCACCUCUUCGCGGCGCUUGCGUCGGCGCCGUCUGUGUGCGGCGCGGCUCCGGCGUGCUCGGCGUCGUCGUCAGUGCCGGCGGCGGCGGCGCCGGCGUGAGCAGCAGCCGCAGGUGUGAGCUGCGCCGGCGCUUCGUGCGCCGCUCAGGCGGGGCGAGCGCGGCGCCGCCGCCUCCGCCGCCGCCUCCGGUCGGGCCGGGGCGGCGCCGCGCCGUCGGCGCCGCGCCUGCUGAGUCGGCGGCGCCGGCGGCUCGGCGGCCGCCUCCGGCGGCGCCGUGCGCCUGCGGCGCCGGCGGCGGAGGCUCGGCGGCGCCGGCGAUGCUUCGGUCGCCUGCCGGGGCCGGCGGAGCCGGGGAGGCGGGCGCCGGCGACGCAGCCGCCGGCGACCGCCGGCGGCACGGCGGGCGCGGCACCGCGGCGCCGCCUGCGGCGCCGGCGGCGUGCGGCCCGGCGCGCCGGCGUGGGCGCCGGCGCACGGCGUGCGCCGGCGCCGCCGGAGGCCGCCGGCGGGGAUGCGCGCGGCGGCGGCGGAGGGGCCGGGAGGCGCCGGCGGCGCCGGCGUGCGGCGCCGGCGGCGACGGCGGAGCAGGGCGGCGCAGGCGGGAUAGGCAGGGCGCGGCGCAGUCAGGCGACGGCGGCGGCGCAGGACGGGCGCCGGCGCGGCGGCGACGACAGCCUGCUUUUCCGUUCUGCUCGGUCGUCUGCUUCUUCUCCUUCUGCUGCUCCUUCUGGCUUUUCCGCUUUCUCGUCGUCUCCUUCGUUCCUUCUUCUCCGGUCGUGCGGCGGCUGCAUUCGCCGGCGGGCGCCUGUCGUCGCCGCUUCGGUGCUUCGGCGUCGCCUGCCCCAUGCGUCUGGUCGGCGAGGCGCCGGCUCCGUCUUGCUCGCAGCCGGCGCAGCCGCCGGCGGCCCGCCGCCGGCGGGCGGUCCGGCGCCGGAGCCGCCGGGCGGCGCAGGGACGCGGAGCCGGCGGGGCGGCGCCUCCGGGGGGCUGCGGCGCAGGAUCCGGCGGCGACGAGGCGCCGGCGGCUGCGCCGGUAG